GAAGGCCGGGUUGGAGCGGCCUCGUGUCCUCUCACGUCCGGUUUUGGGGGGCGGACCGGAGGGUGAGAGGUGGCUGGCGGAUUUGCGCUUCCCGCGACUGAGAACGACGGGGCAAGAGGAAAAAAAAAAAAAGAACUGAGAGACCGAGGGGAACGAGGGGCUUUCCAGGGCCCUGGCUUUAGAGCAGGCGGGACCGCGGCUCACAGGUUCUGAACGGUGUGUCUUGUGGGCCCUGGGGGGCUAAAACCAUUAACCGGAGGGAGACAUGGCCCCUGCUCCCGGGGCUCGAGUAGCCGUGAGGUCUUCCUGGACCAGAGGAGAAACAAGGAAAGAGGCUCCCAGGGUUCACUGCUACAGAGAAACUGAAAGCACACGUGUACACCUAGGAGUUCUCGCCGUGGGUUCAGUCUUGUAAAACGCUGCUACCUGGAGCCCUAAAGCCUGAAAUCUGGACACCGUUACGUUAUUAUUUGAGAUGUACCAGCUAUACAAUAUCAGAUGAAGAAACUGAUAUUAAGAGGGGUUGAGAAAUUUGUCCAAGACACAUGACCAGAAAGCAAGAAACACUUGACAAUUGGUAUUUAGCAUAAUGGUAUCUAUAAACAAAACUAGUGAAAUAAUUGAAAAACUUAGAGCAAACAGACAACUUCUUUUGGAGGAAAUAAACCAAAAGCGUGACUCCAAUUGCUUAGUGGAAAGAAGCAAUCAAGUCAGCUUACUGAGAGUUCAGAAGAGGCAUUUCAGUAAUGCCUACAAGUCCUUCAUGGACGGGAAGAUCAAAGACCCUGCCCCUGACAGCGGCAGGAGCUCCUGGAUCAACCUGAGUCACCUUGCUCACAAGCAGAAGAAGCACUUUCCACCCCAAAAUCAUGCCAUAUUUGGAUAAACUGCAUUUCCAGAGACACAGAAAUACAUUCUCUUUGGCCCUUCUCCAAAAUGUCUAAAUUAUUUACAAAUAUUAAUUAUAAAAUAAGCUAAACAAAACUACUCACUAGAUCAUCAAAAAUACUUUAUUAAGUCACAUUCAUCAUACUACACCUUCAUUCAUUCCAUUCCAUCAUUUAGGCUUAGAUAUGUUAAAGAGAAGAUUUGAGUUGAUGAGGGUACUUUCAAAGAUGAAUGACCUGAAAAUCUACUUUACAGUGAUCUUGUCAUUACUAAUAUGAAAUGUUUAAAUACAGGGUUAUAUCUGUUUCUAUUAAUCAGUGGAAUAUAUUGACCAACCCCACUCAUCAGGUUAAAGACUAAAGUUAUUCAAAGUCAACAUUUGCUUAAUCACAUGAACUUACUCUGUAAGAAAGAGCUACAAUUGUGAUUAUUUGAAUAAGAACGUAUGUAAGAGAGUAACAUAAGGUGUCUACAGGUAGACCUUUUUGUUAUUUAUAUAUAUAUUAUAGAUUUAUUUAUUUUUCUUGAAAGAGUUACAGAGAGGCAGAGGCAGAAAGAGAGAGAAAGAGAGAGAGAGAGAGAGAGAGAGCUUCCAUCCAUUUGGUUCACUCCCCAAAUGGCUGCAAUGGCUGGAGCUGGGCCGAUCUGAAGCCAGAAGCCAGGAGCUUCUUUUGGGGCUCCCAUGUGGAUGCAGGGGCUGAAGGACAUCGACCAUCUUCUACUGCUUUUCCAGGCCAUAGCAGAGAGCUGGAUCAGAAGUGGAGCAGCCGGGACUCGAACUGGUACCCAUUU